AUGCGAGAGCAUUUGGAAACGAUAUGUCCACCCACCGCCACAGUUGCAAGCGACUUGGAGCACACUAUGGUCCUCACCAUCCGAGAACAAGGUGAAAGAUUUUCUGUGGAGACUGACCCACCGUGUUCUGACUACGAAGAGCUACCUCAGAAAAUGGGGAAUGCAGGUAAACCCGACAUGCCCAUAUUGCCAACAUAG